GGGCGGCGCGCCCCGGGAUGGCGGUGCGGGACCCGGCGCGUUUCGGGCCUUGGCAGUGGCUGCUGGCGGCGGGGGGCGCGGCGGCGGCGGUGUGGGACGUGGGGGCGGACGUGUGGGUGGCGGUGGGAUACGCGCACGCGGGGCGGCCGGGCUGCGCGGCGCUGGGUUUGGGGCUGUGGGCCGCGGGCUGCGCCGCCCGGCAGGCCUGCAGCUGGCUGUGGUUCCGCUCCGAUCCGCCGGCGCUGCGCCCCGAGCUGCCCCGCCGCCUUCUCGCCGCUCUGCACCUCCUGCAGCUCGGCUUCUUAUACAGGUGCAUCCGAGCGCUGCGGCUGGGCUGGAGGCUGUGCCGGGCGGAGGCGACGGAGGAGGAGAGGAAUUACAUGGCGUUCCUGACCCACGACAUCAGCAUGUUGCGCCUCUUCGAGACCUUCCUGGAGAACGCCCCGCAGCUCGCGCUGCUCCUCUACACCGUCCUGCGCAGCAACAAGGCUGAGCCUUCCCAGGGAAUGGGAAUCUGCACGGCGUUCUUGUGUGUGACCUGGUCCCUGCUGGACUACCACCAGUCCCUGCGCUCAUUCCUGCAGGACAAGUACGAGAUGGGCUGGGGCUCCUCCGUCAUCUACUUCCUAUGGAACCUCUUCCUCCUCUGCCCCCGCGUCCUGGCGCUCGCCCUCUUUGCCCUGCAGUGGCCCUAUGGUGUGGCCGUGCACUUCCCACUGGUGUGGCUGGCGAUGUUUCUCUGGGUCCGCCUGCAGGGCACCGAUUUCAUGGAGUCUCCGGGCCCCGAGCAGCUCUACCGUGCCAUCGUGGCCGUCAUCCUCUACUUCAGCUGGUUCAACGUGGCCCCGGGGAGGACCCUGCACCGCAGCAUCAUCUAUCACAGCUUCAUCCUGGUGGACAGCACGCUGCUGACCCUGGCCUGGCUCUGGGGCCCUGGCUCUCCCCCCGAGGAGCAGCACCCAUUCCUCAUCCCGGCGCUGUGCGCUGCGCUGCCCUGCUACCUCCUGGGGCUGCUGCUGCGCAUCACCUACUACAGGUGGCUGCACCCCAACGUGCGAGCACGGCCACGGAGCGGCGGUGACGAGGUGGAUGCUGAUGGAAGGGCUGAUGGGGCCGUGGAGUUCCGCAGUAUUUCAGAGCCUUGUGAGCUCCGUGGUGUUUCAGAGCCGGACCUGGUGAACUCCCGGCUGCGGUGCCUCGCACGGAGCCACUUCCCGCUGUCUGUGCUGGCAGAGCCACACCUGCUGAAUGGGGCAGCUGCUGUCUGAGACUGUUCUACACUCCCUGGGAUGGAAUUGUGCCUUAUCCAAGUGGUUUGAGUUGUUUGGUUCUUUCUAUGUGUGCCCCAGGCUGCAGUUUUGGCAGUUCAUUGCCACAGCAGGGACGCAGGCAGGAAGGCUCGGAGCUUGGUGCUGGGCCCUGCAUGGCACUGUGGCACUGUUGAUUCUUGUUAUUUAUUAUUCAUCUUUUCCAGAAAAACAAAAAAACAAACAAACAAAAAAGCACCUGGUUGUCCGUGCAUCUUCUGGUGCCCACUGCCAAGGUCAUUCCUUCUUGGUCACUCCAAGGUCACUUCCUGCUUGGCAGUGGCUGUCGGAUGUCUGUUUGUAGUCAGACUUCUCUGUUGUUUGACUGUUAAGGCUGAAGGCUGCACAGUGCUGACAUGUGGCCCAGCUGGGGCAGGGAGGGGUGGGACUGUAGGGGUCCUGGCAUGGAGGCAGCACCUCCUGAGCACCAUCAGCAGCCCAGGCACUGCAAGGGGACUUCAUCAGUGGGGAUCCCUCACGGCUGUGAGCAGGUCUGAGCCCAUAAUGCUGCACAUCAGCUGCUCUGGGGCUGAAGGGGCAGCAGCUGUGGCAUGGGCACCCAGUGCUGGCACUGGAGCUCCUGCCACAUUUUGCUGCAGCACCACCCACUGCCACAGCACAGCAGGGGGGUGGUGGAGGACUGCCCAGACUGCACAUCUCCAGGGUCACCAGCACAGGGUGAGCACAGUGCAAAGGAACAGCAGCACUGCAGCAUGCAGUUGUGCUGGAAGGAGGGAUGUAUGCAAAAGGGAAGAAAAAAAAGGAAAUAUAAAAAGGUGCUGUGUGCCUCAGUACCCAAAAGGUGCCUUGUCCCCGGCCACCACAGCAGGC